GCCCCAUGGUCAUUAUAAAUAAGUGUUGAUUAAAAUCAUAUUCCAUAAGAAACUCUUAGUAGUAACUACGAUGAAAACCAAUUUGAUUAUUUUAUUGUGCUUUUCUGCCUUUAUUCUUAUCUCUGUUGUGGCAAAUGAGUCUUAUGAAGAAGAGGAGCCAUUGGCUGAAAUAGAAGACGAAGAGCUAAAUUGCUAUGGAUGGUGGGUGCGUUGGAAGGAUGGAGUCAAAAGCAGUGACGCUUGCACCGGUGGAAACGAUAAAACCUAUCCCGAUGGUGGCGGUCGUAGUGGAAAUUUUGUAAAAUUUCUCAAAAAUGCAAAAAGGAAAGGAAAGGGGGAAAGUGAUGGAAACAACAUAGGUUUUCUCAUUGGUAGAAAGAUGGGAGGUGGUGGAAAAGAGAAAGACAAUUGAGGAAACAAGUCAAGCGUGGGGAAAACCUCCAUGAAAAAUUAGACGCAUAUACAUGCUAACACAAUACUUAAUAUUGUAAGAAAUAUAAAAUAAUGAAUGACCUUAUAGUCUUACCAUGAAAUAAUAUUAUUAGUAUUUAUAAGAUUGAUGUUAUUACAUCACACAUAAUUAAUGUAACUCUCUCGAGAUAAUCAUAAUUCUCAAACUUUGUAUUUGUCCAUCA